ACUCGACUGUUAUUGUUAUUUCUCCAGGGCAGCGUGACAGAGAUUUGAAUGACGGAGUCGACCAGCCGGAGCUUCUUCCGCUUCCGAGCACUUCCGUGUUUACAUGUCGCUGCUGCCGCGGGUCCCUCAUGGCUUUCAUCACGAAGAAGGAUCGCGUCAAAGAAAGAUUUUCGCUGUUGUUACUGGAUCUGGAGGAACAUUAUUUUGAACAGCACACUGCAUAUAAUCUGACCAGCAGCGGCCCGGAGGCAAACAGACGAAGCAGCGGCUCAUUAAAAAUCUGUUCCAAAUCAGUCAUUUUUGAACCCGAUGAUGCGAAGGAGCCGAUUUUAAAGAUCCCUCUGAAAGACUGCAAAGGAAUCGCGGCGCUGGAGGAAUCGUUCCGCAACCCGUUUAUAGAAAGUAAACCUGCCUGUAUUCUUAUAGAAACCAAGCAGAUUUAUCUAAUUAAAGAAGAAAAUGCAGUUGCUCCAUAUAAAUAUGAAAGGGGAGAAAAAAAGGUCACGUUCCAACUGGAGGCGUCCGGAAAAACGGAGGAUGUUGUUCAGAUGUUAUUACAGUUGCACAGAGCGUCCUGUCUGGAUAAGCUGGGUGAUCAGACGGCAAUGAUUGCAGCCAUAUUGCAGUCCAGGUUGGCACGGACAUGUUUUGAUAAGAACAGUUUUCAGGAAGUGACCGAACGCCCACACAUGGAGUGUGAGGCGGAAAUGGUUUCUCCUUUGGUGACAAACGCGGGUCACAUUUGCAUCACCGACCACAAUCUUUACUUCCAGCCUCUGAACGGAUAUCCUGAUUCAGUGGUGCAGAUUGGGUUACACAGCGUAAGACGCAUCUACAAACGGAGACACGGCCUGAGGCCUUUGGGCCUCGAGGUGUUUUGCACAGAGAAUGAUCUGCGCUCGGACAUCUACCUGAAGUUCUACGGUACUAAAGAGAGAGAUGAGCUUUACUACUACAUCGCAACCUUCCUUGAGAACCAUAUAGCGGAGCACACGGCAGAGAGCUACAUGCUGCAGUGGCAGAGAGGUCACAUCUCCAACUAUCAGUACCUGCUGCAUCUCAACAACCUAGCAGACCGCAGUGUGAACGAUCUCUCCCAGUAUCCAGUGUUUCCCUGGGUCAUCAGUGACUACAGCAGCGCACAGCUGGACUUGCUGAACCCUGCUUCAUUUCGAGAUCUCAGUAAACCAAUUGGAGCUCUGAACACUGAGAGACUGGAGAGAUUACUGGAACGCUACAGAGACAUGCCUGAGCCUCGUUUCAUGUACGGCAGUCAUUAUUCAUCACCUGGAUAUGUGCUUUUCUACCUUGUCAGAGUUGCUCCAGAGCACAUGCUUUGCCUACAGAACGGACGCUUUGAUCAUGCAGACAGAAUGUUCAACAGUGUUGGUGAGACAUGGAAGAAUUGUUUAGAGGGAGGCACUGAUUUCAAAGAGCUGAUUCCUGAGUUCUAUGGAAGUGAUAGCAGCUUUCUGAAGAAUCUGCUAGGGUUGAAUCUGGGCCGGAGGCAGGGAGGAGGCAGAGUGGAGAAUGUUGAACUUCCUCCGUGGGCAUCAGAUCCAGAUGACUUCUUGCAGAAGAUGCGUCUUGCACUGGAGAGUCAGUACGUGUCUGAACACCUGCAUGAGUGGAUCGAUCUGGUCUUCGGCUACAAACAGAAGGGAAGUGAGGCUGUGGCCAGCCAUAACGUUUUCCAUCCAUUAACGUAUGAGGGAGGAGUUGACUGCGAUAGUAUUGAGGAUCCAGAUCAGAAAAUAGCCAUGCUAACUCAAAUAUUAGAGUUUGGACAAACGCCACGACAACUCUUCGUCACUCCUCAUCCUCAGAGGAUCACGCCACGCUUCAACAACCUGUCCGCGACGCCCAGCCUCAGCAGCAGCGAGCUCUCGCCAGCGUCUCCUAGUAUGGAGUCAUUCGAGGACCUGACGGAGGAGAGUAAGAAAAUGGCCUGGAGCAACAUGAACAAACUUGUUUCGCAGUCUUGCCACAAAAUACACAAGGAAGCGGUAACGGGCAUUGCUGUGACCCUCAAUGGAGAGUCCAUCUUCUCAACCUCUCAAGACUCUACACUGAAGAUGUUCUCAAAAGAUAACGGCCUGCAAAGAAGUGUGUCCUUCUCCAACAUGGCGCUGUCCUCCUGUCUGAUGCUGCCUGAUGAUGAGAUCGUCGUGUGCUCGUCCUGGGACAAUAACGUGUAUUUUUACUCAAUAGCAUAUGGACGAAGACAAGACACUCUGAUGGGUCAUGAUGAUGCAGUUAGUCAUAUGUGCUGGAGGGAUGACAAACUUUACACAGCAUCAUGGGACUCUACCGUGAAGAUUUGGAAAUGUGUCGCCGCUGACAUCUCCAGUAAUAAACGGACUCGGUUUGAGCUGCUUGCUGAAUAUGAGCACGAGGCCGGGGUGAACACUUUAGAUCUCAGCCCAGCUGGCACACUUCUGGCGACGGGUACUAAAGAAGGAACCCUCACUGUCUGGGAUCUUGCCAGCCCUGUGCCGCUGAAUCAGCUGACCUGCCAUUCUGGGAAGAUUCAUCAGGUGGCCUUCAGUCCUGACAGCAGACAUAUCUUGAGUGUUGGCGAGGACUCGUGUUUGGCGGUCACAGAUGUGCAGACAGGCAUGCUCAUUGCUACUGUACAUGCAGAGCUGGAGCAGAGGUGCUUCUGCUGGGAUGGAAACACGGUGUUGUCUGGAGGGAUGUCAGGAGAUCUCAGCGUGUGGAACCUGCUUAGCAGUAAAGUCACCCAUAAGAUACCUGCUGCUCACUCAGGAGCAGUGACGUGUAUGUGGAUGAACGAGCAGGGCAGCACGAUCAUCACAGGUGGAGUGGACAAACAGAUCAUCCUGUGGAAACACCAGUAUUAACAGCUCGGCGAGGUCCAUUUCACCUUCACCCACUGAAACGGAGAUCUGUUCAAUAUCCUUUUAUGAGAAUGUCGUUUGAACAGAUACUGUUGCAGGGCUUUAAAUCAGCUGGUUUUACAUUAUUUAGUGUUUUUAUUGUGUUUUAGAACUAAAACUGGAAUGUUUUCACGGAGAUGAUUUCUUUUUUCUUUUAUUAUGUAAUACAUAAAUAACAUCUGCCAUGUCAAAUCCUGUUUUGAAUUCAAACAGCCACAAUUCAUACGAUUUAGUUAAGACAAUCAGCUAUUAUGAUUUUCAUUAUUAUUAUUAUUAUUGCUGCUUUUGAUAAAUGUAAAAACCAAAUCAUCAUUAUUAUAAAUCAUAAUACGUCUUGCUCAGUUCUGAGAUCAACUCGUGACUCUUUAUUAUAGGUGACACAGGAAUAUUAGGAAGUAUUAAGUAGUUAUUAUAUAUGGAAUAUGUUUGAGGUCCUGCAAGUUUGCUGCAGAUGUUUUUUUUUUUUUUUUUUUUUUUUUAAUGUGCCUUAAUUUUUAAUAAUUUAAACUAUAAAUGCCCACUCUUUAAAUAUGCUCGCAUGUUCAGCUCAAAUAUAUACAUACGAAUUAUUACAGUUAUGUAUGAUGAUAUUUCAUUGAAGGUUAGAGUAAAACCUUCUGUAAUAUAAUAAAAUAUAGUAUUACAUCUUGAGAGGUUAUGGAUGCAUUUGUAUAUAUACAAGUUUUAUAUUUCAUACACUAUUAUUUAUGUUAUAAUAGGAUGCCUUGAAAAAGUGCUCUUCAGUGAAGAACAUUUUGAGCGUUAUGUAUUAGAAAAGUUAAGUCAAUAUGGCAGGAUUAUGCAAUGUUCUGUAAAUCAAUGAGCUCACGAGUUAUUAAGAGAUGAUUAUUACUGUCACUUUAAAUAUGAAUAAGUUGCAUUUUUGACUCGUGUGUGGACUGCACGUUUUAGUAUUGUAUGUUUACGUGUGUGUUUUGAUGUGUGUAAUUCUUUUCUUUUUAUCAAAUAUGUAUUUUAUUUCCUCAUGUGAGAGAAACUGCUGGAAAUCCAAAACGACUUUGCUGACGGACCAAGGUUGUUGCGUUUUUGUUUCUGCAUUUACGUUCUACCGAACAGUCACUUCUUUUAAAAGCUUUUUUCUUUGUUUUCUGUAUUGUUUUAGUGACGUGACUAAUUAGACAAAGAUAAAAAUGGGCCUCAUUCUGAUGACAUCAUAUAUUUGUGUGCAUUUAUAUGGCAUUAUUGCAUAAUAUUACUUCACACACUUAUGAGACAAAUUACAAGGCCAAGUCUAGUAAUUGGAAACAUGUAUACAUUUCUUUUACGACGCGUGUUUAAAUCCUCUCUAAAUCCAGGUUAUCUUCAUAGAUAUUAUCAUUGGAAAUCGUCAGUAAUGCAUAUCCAAAUUGAACCAAGUACAGAAAAUUUGUUAGACAAUUGUUUUUCAUCUUUGAUGUUAUUAUUUAAACUCUAAUGAACAUGUUUUUGUGAAAUGUGUUUCUUUAAGUCUUGUACUUUAGGUUUUUUCUCUGACGGUGUUUUUAGUUCAUGUGAUGUUUCAAAUAUCUGUAAAAGUCUCUUAAGUUAUAAUAUUUUGGGGAAUUGUCAGCCAAACUAAAGUUUCUCUAUUGGGCCUAUUACAUUCUUGUAAUAGCUGUAAACAAACGAACACAAUAAAACUACACUGGCACAC